AUGAAGAAUUAUUUACUUGAAAGCGAAUAUGAUUUAAAGAGUUCUGUUAUCUAAACAAGAGCUUAGAAGUUCCAUGAUCUUAAAUUAUCUAAUGAAUAAGUGAAUAAAGAACUUUUGGAAAAAGGUAUGAUUGAAGCAGAACAAGCUAAAUAAAUAGGUCUUAUUGAUGGUAUUAAAACUUUUGAAGAACUUGCUCAUGAAUAAUAUCACGGAGUCAAAAUUUUAGAUGCUAUUCCCACUGGAUCAUUUACUAAUAAUUUAUUAAAAAGCAACACAUUAUUUUCUAAUUCAUUUAUCUGA